AUGUCGUAUGCGAUUCUCCGAUUUCAUGAAGUUUUGGGUGCCAUUGACCAACAAAUCCAACGAUUCUUCUUCCUCCCCUACCACUCCACAGCUGUAGAGAUGUCGCAGGAGAUGGAAAACGUGAUUAAAGACCCAGGCGAGGUCGCCGCAGGACACUUGGAGCGGUUUUGGAGCCAAAACUCGGGAAAUCACGGCUCACAUGCUACGCCUGGGGACACGGUUCUAGCUACUUUUACGAUGAGCCGGAAUCAGAUAGACAAUCUCAAGCAUUGGGAUUGGGUCACAGAACAGUCCACGAUUCAAUCGCAUGUUUCAACCUUCGUGGUGACGCUUGCCUUGGCUUGA